AUGACUGUGCUGACUCUGAAAUCGUCCAUGAAGGACCUGGAAAAGGUUUCUCUCACAUCACCGAUACGCCCAAUUCUUAAGAAUAACCGUUACAAGGUACCAUUGUUGUGUCGUGUUUGUAUUGUGACGCUUUAUAAUUGGCUUACAAUUAAAUUUUGAACUUCAGGAAAAGAAGCACGCGAACGUGAAGCCAGCGACCAAGAAGAUCAUGUUUCUCGCCAAGAGCGAGAAGAUCUUCUUGAUCAUCGUCACGGUUUUGUCGCUGACUUCCUUGAUUUUCACAUUUGGAGCGAUUUUUAUCGAUAGAAAUGCGAUUGUUGGCACGGACGAGCAUCCAUCGAUCUGCAUGCUCAGUGAAACCCACGACUGCUAUUCGGCCUACUCGGUAACACUCUCUCAUCUAGUUAUUAUUCAUUUUUCUUUCAAUUACAGUCUCAAUUGAGCUGCAUUCUCGUUGAGACCAACGUCCGUGUUGACCUUCUCCUUUCCUGUGUCGGAUUUGUAACUGCAGUUAUGCUGACGUGAGUUUUUUCUGAAUCUUAUAAUAUCCAUGUCUAGCUUUUUGAUACAGAUCGUUCCAAUUGUUCAACUGUCAACUGAUUGUUGCCUUCAUGCUCAUCGGCCUCUGCAAGCUAUUUUUCAUUGUGACUGCCCUUCUGAUAAUUCUCACAAACAACGGUGAGUUGUUUAAGACCACUAUACAUAGAGCCUUAGCGAAACCGUUUUUUUUUGCAGAUUUCUACUACAGCGCUAUCAACGAGGCAUUCGACGGAUUCUGCCCGGAUGACAUCUGCUUCAGCGGCCGCGUCAACAUCGUCGUCGCCUUUAUCCUCCUUCUAGGCUCAUUCCUCACCACUUGCUUCAUGAUGUUUAUCGUUUUUACCAUUGGAAACCACAUCAUCCGUCUGUACGAGAAUGCUUAUGAGGUGGAGGCAUCGGCUAGAUGGAAUUCGAUGACCGCAUCUAUGAUUCCCUAG